GCGCUCGUGAAGGCGUCCCAUCGAAAGCGGUAGUGUUUUUUUACUAGUUCCAGUCGCUUUCUCCGAUUUCUUCUUUUGAAAUCACUUUUUUGGUCCACCCAUAUCGGUAUCGUACCACUGCGCUUUGUUUGGUUUGUAACUGAUUUAUCUUAGUAAGAAUUAAGUUCCGCCUCCCGUGUCCAAAGUGCGCGCUCGGAGCAGGAGAACCAUGUCAAAGUGCACGGCUCCUGUUCGCUUCUCCUUCACGUAGCGCUGGUUAUCGCUCUCUCCCGGUUUGACCCUCGCUGUGAUCCUGUUUUCACGCAGAUUCUGACCCGAAAAUGGACCGUAUCCGCGCCGAACCGGAGCUGAGCCACGCGCAAAGACGCAAAGUGAUUCGGGUGACGUAUGUAAUCGCAGCGCUGGACAUUACAUGGAUGUUUAUGCAGUUUUCAGUGACUCCCUUUUUGGCGAAGAAGUUGGGCUUUGAUACGCUGUGGUUCGGGUACCUGCAGACUCUGGUGGGAGUGCUGCAGCUCAUCGGGAAUCCGCUGUUUGGGAGGUUCGGUGACCUGUUUGGGGCUCAGGCGGCUCUGUCUCUGUCCUGUGGCGCCACCAUUGUCUUCUUUCUGCUCCUGGCCUCAGCGGAACACCCUGCCAUGCUUUUUAUCCACAAACUGCCCACACUCUUCAUGCACGUUCUGCCCGCGUCUCAGAUGGUGGUGACGGACCUCUCAGACCCAGACAGAAGAGCCGACUCUCUCUCUAAACUCGGACUGUGCUUCGGCAUCGGCAUGAUCGCUGGCUCCACGCUGGGAGGGCAUCUGAACACACGCUACGGAGAGAAGUUUACAGCGUGUGUGGGGGCUGUGGGGAGUGCCUUCAGUCUGCUCCUGGUUCUAAAGUUCAUCCCAAAAACCACCAAAGCUCCAACCAAAACCAACAGCGAAGCUGAGAAGAGGUCCCUGUUCAGUUUGGGGGAGAUCACCAGAUUACUGAAGUAUCCAGGAGUCACUCCAACUUUUAUUGUGAAAAUCGCAGCGGGUUUACCUUCAGGGAUCUUCCAAUCGAUGUUCUUGAUCAUCGCUCUGGACAUGUUCAAACUGGACCCGGAGCAAAACGGUUAUCUCAUGGCUUUCUUCGGGAUCUCCCAAAUGUUUAUACAGGGUGUAGUGAUCGGUCCCCUCACAGCGAGGUUUAAAGAGCCUACUCUCCUCCUGCUCUCCAUCGCCAUCUCUGCAGCUGUGGGUCUCGGACAGGCAUACAUGCAGACAAUGGUGCAUUUCUGUCUCACUGUGGUCCCCAUGAUGUUCUUCCUAAGUGUCUUCAAUGUCAUCACAGACAGCAUCUUGACCAAGAGUGUGCCCUCCUCCGAUUCAGGUACGAUGCUGGGUCUAUGCGCCGCGGUCCAGUCUCUGCUCAGAACUGUGGGUCCCACUUUAGGAGGAGUUCUCUAUGUGAAUGGAGGAGUAAUGUCCAUCGGCCUGACCCAGUGUGCGGUGAACGUUGCAGUGUUCGGUCUGCUACUGCUCAAACCUCUGUCCAGUGACCAUCACACGAGCAAGACACACGGGGAAUAGAAUCAGCAACUAUCAAACCAGCAAGACACAUGGUUCCCCAACAUCCACCAGCAAGAAACAUGUGGAAUAGAACUAGUAACCACAAGCAAUACACACAAGGAGUCGAGCCAGCAACCAGCCAAACAGCAAGAUGCAUGGAGAAUUGCAAGACAUGCAUUAAGAAUAGAACCUGCAAACGAGCAAGACACAUGGGGAGUAGAAACAACAACCAUAGAGUAGAAACCGCAACCACAAGCAAGACACAUAUGGAGAAUUGAA